AUGAACGAACGAAGGAGAAGGAAAGAACCCUUGAUUUUGGGGGAAAUAACGAAGGACCUUCCGCAAUCCAUUUGCUUCCCUCUCAUCCCACCUCCACCGUCGCCUACCUCCGUUAGGGUUCGCCAUCUAAUCUCAGCAACACCCAGUACCCAUGUACACUUCUCGCUGGCCACCACCACUGUCGUGUUCAGGGCAGCAACAUGGAUUGCUGGAGAUGGUGCGAUCAGCGACAGAGGUAUGCGUUCCAAUCCACCGCCUUUCACUUUUUGUCUACUUCGCUGUCUCUCUUCAGCUUCUGCUCUACUAUUGAUCCGAUUAAGUGGUCAUCGCCUCUCCAUAGCAUUCUGUCUUCUUCGAUCGGAUGUUGGUUGCUUCUUCCUCAUACGCUCCUCCAACCAUUUCCCACCUCUACCGUCAACUGCUAAGGACCCUAAACCAUCCAACCAAUUCCCAUAUGGUUGCUGUGAUUUUUUUUCUUUGCCUUUUGCUUUUGAUGAAUUAUGUGAUCCAUUUGUAAUUAGAGUGUUUGACCUGCAGAUCCAACCACUUCUUCUUUGCAAGCUGUGGGAGUUUCACAAAACCAUUAGGAAAAUGGAGAAUAGGCUGAAUCUGAAGGCAAUGGAUGCAGAGCAACUAUUAGACAACAUGGGCACAAGAUGGUUGCUUUCAUUGCCGAUUACUACAAAACUAUAG